AUGGCCGAAACGCAAACCGGAAAGCGCGUGAAGUACCUUCAAAGCGACAAUGGGGGUGAAUACAAGUCCGACAAGCUGGCACGAUUCUGCGCGGAACGGGGAAUACAACAAAGGUUCACACCCCCAUAUACUCCUCAGCUAAACGGAGUAGCUGAGAGAAUGAAUCGCACGCUGGUCGAGUGUGCGCGUUGCAUGAUGGAACACGCUGGACUGGGAAAGAGCUACUGGGGUGAAGCAGUGAUGACGGCGAUGUUUCUUCGAAACCGCUGUCCAACACGUGCCAUUCACCAAGACAAGUCUCCAUAUCAAGUGUGGACGAUGAAGAAACCGAUUCUGGCCAACCUUAAAGUGUUUGGAUGCCACGCGUAUGUUCAAGUGCCUCAAGACAAACGCGCGAAGUUCGACUCCAAGUCAUCACUCUGUCGUUUCCUGGGAUACGCCGAACACCAGAAGUCAUAUCGAUUUGAGGAAGUGUCAACAGGAGCGAUCAAGAUCAGUCGCGAUGCCACAUUCAUGGAAGACAAGUUUGAUGAAGGUCCGCGCAACUACAACGAUGAGUCAAGUGUCGUUGAGUUUGAUGAUCAUGAUGAGGACGAACAAAAAGAAGAAGGUAAAACUGACGACGACAUGGACUCGAGCGACGAUGACAACGAAGACACCAGGUCUUCGAAGAGCAACAUCAAGAGACACACGCGCACUCAAUCACUUGAGAAAGCUACCGUCAUUCCAAGUCCCAAGCGAAGAACAUACAGAGGUCCGUCGCUUGAGCAUGUUUCAGCGGCUGCAAUGGAUUUUGAAGCAGCCUACAUCGUUGAUUCAGUGGGGGAAACGCCGACUACAUUCAAGUCGGCGAUGGAAUCAAGCGACUCCGGCAAGUGGAAAGAAGCGUGUGACUCGGAGUUCGACUCGCUUCAGAGAAACGACACGUGGGAAAUCGUGCCUCUUCCGAAAGGUCGCAAGGCCAUCGGGUGCCGAUGGGUUUUUCGUGUAAAGGAGAAUCAAGAUGGCGAAGUUGAACGUUUCAAGGCAAGACUUGUGGCCAAAGGAUUCUCACAGAAAUUCGGAGUCGACUAUGAAGAAACUUUCGCACCGGUGGCCAAGUUCACAUCGAUUCGUGUGGUGCUCAGUAUGGCGGCCAAGUACGGCCUAAUGCUACAUCAGAUGGACGUCAAGACAGCGUUUCUUAACGGCUCCCUCAACGAAGACAUCUACAUGGACCAGCCGGACGGAUACCUGGAUGCAACACAGCCGGACGGAUACCUGGAUGCAACACAGCCGGACUAUGUGUGCAAGCUAAAGAGAUCACUCUACGGCUUGAAGCAAUCGCCUCGCAUGUGGAACCAAACAAUCGAUGGGUUCAUGAUCAAGAUGGGAUUCAAGAAGUGCGAAUCGGACCACUGCAUCUACAUCAAGCGAGACGACCAAGACAUGAUUCUCGUGGUGCUCUACGUCGAUGAUCUCAUCCUGGCCAGCAGCAACAACGAACUCCUCAAGUCAACCAAGAUGGCGCUGAGCAAACGCUUCGAAAUGACGGAUCUCGGUGAGCUCGAUUACUUUCUCGGCAUGGAGAUCAAGAGCGACCGUAAGACGGGAAUGGUGACUGUACAACAAACCAAGUUUCUCAAGUCCGUGUUAACAAAGUUCGGAAUGGAUAACAGCAAGCCAGUGAAGACGCCUCAAGAUCCCGGCCUGAAGCUAACCAAGAACAUGUGUGAACAAGAAUGCAAGCACGAAGACACCAUGUGCAACGUGCCAUAUCGAAGUGCUGUCGGAGGCAUCAUGUAUCUCAUGGUCGCCACACGUCCGGAUCUAGCUGCUGCAGUGGGAUCGUUAUCCCAGUUCUCGUCCGACCCAUGCCCGACUCACUGGCAAGCUUUGAAGCGUGUGCUGAGAUACCUGCAAGCAACGCCCAAUCGUGGUCUUGAGUUUACACGUGAAGAAGGAAGCCGUAUCUGCGGGUACACCGACGCAGACUGGGCCGGUGACAUUGAGUCAAGACGAAGUACAAGCGGCUAUGUGUUCAUGAUGAGCGGAGGAUGCAUCAGCUGGAAAAGCCAGAAACAACGGACGGUCGCGCUAUCUUCAACAGAAGCAGAAUACAUGGCGCUUUCCGAAGCAACCAAAGAAGCAGUAUGGCUCAAAGUGCUUUUGGGGGAACUUGGUGAGAUGACAAGCGACGAAGCGAUCAAGAUGUAUGAAGACAACCAAGGAUCAAUCGCUCUCGCCAAGAACCCGGAGUUCCAUAAGAGAACAAAACACAUCGACAUACGCUACCAUUUUGUGCGUGAGAAGGUGGAAUCAGGUGAAGUCGUUUUGGAGUAUUGCCCGACUCAAGAUAUGCUGGCAGACAUGAUGACCAAGCCGAUCGCCGCUGUACAAUUUGAAAACAUUCGCGAUCGACUUGGGAUCCAAGGUGCCGCAGCUAACGAGUCGAGAGGGAGUGUUGAAAAGACAGCGGCUGUGAAGAAGACACCUCGUCAAGCUGCGUCAAGUGUUGAAGCAAGUGGAAGACCAAGCUUCGCUAUACCGGUGGGUACCGGUAUGUACCAGUAA